CAAGCUCCCGUGACACAAGCUCCUACGACCGCCGCACAUGCAACUGUUCCGGUGACAACAAAAGCACCAACGGUCCAGAUAACAACACCGACACCGCUCUACUGCCCUGUAUGCGCCGAUGAUUUCACUGCAGACUGCCAGAGGAAUGCCAUGUGUAAAGCGAACGAAGGAUGUAUGCUUCAGGUUAUUGCAGGCAAACUUCAGACGGGCUGUGCUGAGAUUAAUGACUGUGAGUACCACGAGAGAGUUGGUGACAGUAUAUGUUGUAAGGACAAGAAUUGCACUGACUACGCCUUCCGGAACAUGCACUCUAUGAGUUACACCUGUCCGACUUGUCAGAAGACUCAAAAUCCAAAUUCAUGUUUGGCCCAUCAGGGUAAAUGUUCUUAUCGCAGCAAGGGUUGCAUGAUAACACACAACAACGGAGGAAUUUCAUCUGGCUGUAAUUCACAUCCAACAGCUUGUCAUAUGGCAGAGACGACAAACAGUGUACUGUGCAAUGUUCAUCCCAUUCCCUUCGCUUUUCAACCAACACUGCAGUGUAGUUUCUGUUGUCACAGAAAUGCAAGUACAUGCAUUUUGGAUGCGCUGGGAGCACAUGAUGUAUCAACCCCUCCGCCGACGUUGGGUCAUACGGCUGGAACCACAGCGGCGUCCUGUUUCGAUAUCGAGGAUGCUACGUUCAACUGUAAGAGUUUCGACGCUACGUACAACCUCUGUGUCCACUCCAGUGGUCUGAUGGCCCAACUAGCUACUACUAAGUGUCGUAAAACGUGCGGUAUAUGUGGAG